AUGUCCGAAGACCUCCUAGGGCCCUACUCGCCGCUGAAAGAUCGUUGGCUUCUGGACGUCCACCACUAUUUCAACUGGCCGGCCAUGUGCAAUGUCUAUGGAGCCGAGGAGAGCUACAUCUCCGUGCCAUGCGUGUGCGAGGCCAACGUGCCCAACACCACGCAUCAGUACGAGCAGCAUGCCUGGGCGGGCUACAUGAAGAUGGGUCUCCUAGACAAGGGGUAUAGACUCUACAUCGGUGAGUGGAGUGCUGGGCUACAGGUGGCACGGAACUGCAACAACCCGACGAAGCUCCCGAAUCCGAAGCAGGCCCAAGUCAUGUGGAGGGCCCAAAAGUUGUCCUUCCUUCGGAACUAUUUGCACUACCAGGGGCAUGCUGCCCAAGAUAAGUCGUCCUUCUUCGGCGACUACUACUGGUCAGGGCGCAUGGGCCACAAUUGGAAUGCGGACCCGUCCGUGUGCUGCUGCCAUGAGGACAGAGGGGGUGAGGUACUCUUGAAAAGUCGAGGGUCUAGGGUUUGCUUCGUGAGGGCCGGAAGCAUGGAUCCCUAUGGUAGCCUGGUAGCCCCUCAUAAGUCCCAAUGUGCCUCUACCAAUUUGGCGUGCAUUACCUGUAGCCGUUUCCUUGUGUCCAGACGGUGCGAGCUAAAAGCCUAG